CUGUGCAAGAAAACGACUUGAUCUUAAACUUGAAGACUCAUUGAUCACCGGUAUCUGGAACAUCGGAUCAAAGAAGAGGCACAUGGAUUACCGAGGGAAGCUGGGAGACGAGGUCAGUUACGAAACGACCAACAUUUUCUUCGGUUGAGAGCUCAGUCGAAGGAGGAUGCGCCAGCGGAGAGGAUCGGGCUUCGAUUGCACUUGAAAUCGAGCUCGGAAACGAAGACCGUACGUUCGCGUCGGUCGUCGAACUCCGGAGUCGACGGGAGAAUAAACGAGGAAGAAAAAAAAAAAAAAAGGGGAGAAGCGGAGACGAGAUCGGAGAACGCAAGCCAGUCGGAAAGAGAGUGCUUUCUUCGUGAAUCGACGACGGUGAAGGUCCUCGUAUAUAAGCAACUGCCGGUACAGCAAUUGUCAGUGUGAUUCGUCCCAUCGAAACCACCUAAUCUCUUAUACCAACGAACCGGAUAACGAUGUUGCGAGUAUUUUUGUUCGCCCUGGCCGUGACCGUCGCGAGGGCCUCCUAUUUAUCCUCCCUGGAUGGAGGCCAUGGCUACGGCGGCCAUGGCUACGGCGGCGGUGAGCCAAAACUUAUCUCGCAGUCGGUGCAUCUGAAAGAAAUACCGACGAAGAUCAUCAAGGUCACCAAAACGGCAGUCGUCAAGGUUCCAGUGCCGUAUCCGGUCAAGGUGCCCCAUCACAUACCAGUUCCGGUACCGGUGAACCAUCCUAUCGCGGUUCCGUACCCGAAGCUAGUGAAAGUCCAGGAACAGUUGCCGGUCGAGGUGCCCAAGCCAGUCCCGAUCACUGUUCACCAGCAAGUACCGGUGGUGGUGCCGAAGGCAGUGCCAAUACCGCAGCCGAUUCCUGUUCCACACCCGGUAGCCAUUACCAAGUCUGUCUACUACCCGGUACCGCACCCGAUUCCAUAUCAGGCGUACAGCGAAUCCGAGGGUGGAGGCGGCGGCGGCGGCGGUGGCUACGACUCCUCCGACCACUCUGCUCACGAAUCGGGCAGCUACAGCUCCUACACCGUCAACGAUCAGGGCCACGGUGGAUACGAUCAGCAGCAAGUCGGUGGACAGGGCCACUUCCAGCCUUCGCAGCCCGACUACAGUGGCCAUCAAUGAGCAGUCGCCAUUUCUCGUUAUAUAGUCGGUGGAAUAGACACGGUGACUUAGAACGUACCGCCUUCGCGAUAUAGCGAGGUCGUAAAUUUCUUCA